AGUUUCAGGCAUAUUCUGUUGCGCUUAUGGGGUCGUGUAGGGUCGCGCCUGGCGGUUCAGCAACGUCACUUACGACUCCUGCUUCGUGCUUAUCGCACGUUAAUAUCGCUUCGGUUAUCUGGUCGAGCAGAGACACGCGCUGCCAUGUUCCCAUGCACAACACGUAUGUGGCCGCGUGCUAUAAUAUCAGUAACGGUAACACUGAAUUGUGCUCAUAACAACGGUAUAGUUGUCGAGAAUGAAAAUUAAUCACGUUUUAGGGCCACUUGAUUUAUCAGAGAGACCAACAACUAGUACACAGGCUGUAAUCAUUGUUUGCUACAUAUUACUAGUAGCAAUGUGCUGAAUUUAGUUGUUGAAAACUAUUACAACCGAAAGUCAUAAGACACACCGGACUAGAUCACUUCUGGUUUGUAGAGUAACCAGACGACAAACCUGCGACAAUGCACGUUAAGGUAGCUCGGUCGUGCAGUUUGCGUCCAGGCAGCCCCACGUUGAGUAUUAACGCCUAGUUUUGUUUGCCAGUGUGCCUCUGCGUUUCUCAGAGUGUCUUUGAAUGCGCAAGCCUGGCCGCCACUAGCGGCUGAACACCCCCACACACAAACAGCAGCAGCCCUUAUCUCACUCCCUCCCGAGCUCGGCUGCUGUGUUAUUUUCCAGCACGGAGCCUGAACCCGCACGAUCGAUUCGCAUUGAUUGUCCCUGACGAGCUGCUCCACUUUCCAGCCAAUGUCAGCCCGUCUGCGAUCGGGAAGAAGAGAAAUGAAGGAAAAUCUCUGCCGCCCUGGCGGUGUCAUUUCCACACACUUCAGUUGGCCGCCUGCCAGCAGACAGGACAUUCACAAGAGGUGGAGUGGACUCUGCUAUUGAGCGAGAAGAGGAGCGAGUGCCGGACCCGAGCCACUGCACCUCAGACCAUCGCAGCUUAUAUACACCAACAGGCUCCUUUUUACAUCCAGUGUGUGAAAAUCUGUCGGGUAAUGACCGGUCCCCCAUAUACAUAAGAGCUGCGGUUUGUUUAUUUGACUUGCAUUAAACCUUAGGUUGACUUGAAUCAUUAUUUAAGAAACAUGUGGGUGAAUUAACUAAAAUACCGACAACAUGAUUAAUAUUAGCGCACAGAGGUACAUUUCAGGCAGUCUCUGUAACUUUUUGUUUUUGUGUGCUUAACAUACGUCUAAGCAAAUGAAACUGCUGGGCUUUUGAGUACGUAAAACAGAAAAAGGACAAGACCCCAAAGUGCUGUUUCUCUCCGGCAUGUGACGUCAUUAAGAGUUAUGCGCAUUUUUCCUUACUUAAGUCAGACACGUGGUGCCUUAAUACAGACAUAUCUGUCUAAGUAAUCAUUUCCACGCUUCAGUAGCAGUUGUUGCUAAAAUGAUGGAUUGUGCCUUAAUAAUAUUAUUAUAGCAACCCUUAUCCCACUUAUAAAACACUUAGUAAGAAGUAAAGACCAUUGUGCUUUGCAAUUAAUCUUCACUAACUCGGCGCAUCAAGUGCAUAAUUUAAAAUAAUAUACUCUUCUGGAGAGUCCAGCGGAUGUCUUUUGGAAGUGAGAGUGUUUGAAAGAAAACUUCCGUCUUAAAGAGUUUUCAGUUCAUCUGCGGGAAGAUGUGGAUGAGGGUAGUGAUUUAGAGCUGGGUCGAGGGCACCAAGGGCUUCGAUUGGCCGAUCCGUCAGCAGGGGAGGUAUCGCCCUCACCUGGGCUUUGAACAAGACCGCCAGCAAACGCCCCUCCUCCGCACGCGCUGGACCAUGUCUGGCGGACGACCAGAGGGGAGCCAAAGUGCCGAGAGCCUGGACAAGAGUAGCUGCGGCGAGGAGGCGCCGGCCCCCGUCGCCGAGCGGCGCAGUCGGAGCGGCAUCAUCAGCGAGCCACUCAGCAAGAGCCUGAAGAAGUCACGAGCUCUGUCGCAGUACACCGCCAGCUGCUCCAACGGACUGCUGCAGAACGGCGCUCUAGGGGGUGAGCCCAAGGGCAACUCCGGCACGGCGCAGGACAAGCAGCAGGUGGUGCCGAGCAAGGCUGAGCGGACCCUGGACCAGGUUCUUGAAGCACAGAAUGGGCUACUCCACUUUGCGCAGGCAGCAGCACUCUUGAAGCGCGCUGGGAUGGAGCACAUGCUGCUUCCUGGCGAGCAGGCGGCCGGCCUGGGCGACCUGGAGGGUGUGUCCGGCGCCGACGCCAUCGGCGGCCCAGCGGACUUCCCCUACCUGGGCGGCUUCCCCUUUAACCCGGGCCUCUUCAUCAUGACGCCCGCCGGAGUCUUCCUCGCCGACAGCGCGUUGCACAUGGCCGGUCUGGCGGAGUACCCCAUGCAGAGCGAGCUGGCCUCCGCCAUCAGCUCGGGCAAGAAGAAGCGGAAACGCUGCGGCAUGUGCCCGCCGUGCCGUCGGCGCAUAAACUGCGAGCAGUGCAGCAGCUGCCGGAACCGCAAAACGGGCCACCAGAUCUGUAAAUUUCGCAAAUGCGAGGAACUUAAAAAGAAGCCGUCCGCUGCACUGGAGAAGGUGAUGCUGCCGGCGGGGGCAGCGUUCCGGUGGUUCCAGUAGGACUGUGAUCCCGACGCUCGCCAGUGGAGUGUGACGGCACCCCUUCCACCCCCCCCCUGCCCCCCCCCCUCCCCAGCUUGGAUUGUCUUGGGCGCCUGGGACCCCCUGGCUGAACCACAAAACGCUGAAGUCAAAAUGCAUAUUACUAAUGGAUGCACCUUCAUAUUCCUGAACCAAAAAUAAAUGUACAGAGAUCUAUGGCAACCCAUUCUCUUUUCUAUGUUCCGUUUUGGUACCUUUUUGUCGUUUUUCCAGCAGAUUUCAGUCAUUUUGACAUGGAACUUCUCAUCGCCAAACUGUAAUGAGGGACUGAGGUGUGCGGACAAUCAGCUAAGCUCUGUGUUCGGUGUUCUCGUCGUUUCUGUGUGGAAAGAUACUGUACUUGUGUAGAGAAUGUAAAUUUACAGCUAUAUUUUAAGAGAUUAGCAGCUAAUGACAAGCGCUCUUGUAUGUCAGCAACAUUGUUUUUACUUACAACCCUCUGUAUUUUUCGAUUGGUUAUUUUUUUAUAUUUUGUUUCAUUUCUGUUUUGUUACGUGACUGAAGAACAGUUUUGAAAACUGCUCAGUGUUUGAUAUUAAAAGCGAAACGUUGACAAUAUAGAAUUGCGAUUCAUGACUGAAUAGAGAUUUUUAGUCUGACAGCACUGCUGUGGCCCAAACUCCCAAAAAUGAGGGAAGAUUCAUUUUCCACCGUAGUUUUCAGAUGACAGCAGAAAACGCCGCCUGUCAUUUUUCCCCUACACACUUCACUGGCGGUCCGGCGGGCCCAAGUCGCUGUGUCCCCGGAGAGGCUCAUGCUUCUGACCGCACGCGGGGGUCCACCGCGCCGCCCCCACUGCACCCUCGAAAGGACUCCGUUAUGUUUGUGUUAAUUUAGAAACCUGGGCUGUUUUUUUUUUUUUUUUUUGUGAAUAAAAAAUGACUGCAUGUA